UCAGUUGCAUCGAAGAGAGUAAAGUUAAAAGAAGGACACUGAGCGAGCGCUGGAUGUGUUUUGAUGUGUUUUAAGUUGUGAAGAAGUCAGAAAUGCACCACGUUUAACACUUGCUCCCUGUUUCUGCGAAAGGAUAAGGUUAUUUUUCUGGAAAAAAGUCAUAAAAUGGAACUUGUGUUGGCGUAGUUGAUCCCCUUAAUGCUGCUGUCUGAAGAGCUUGUGCAGGAGAAGAGCAGCAAGCAUGGACGUGGAAGACUUUCCUCCCCCACCUCCUGAAAUGUUGGCAGACAAUGUUCCCCAUUUUGCUGAUGAAGGGGAGGGGGAAGCCUUCGACUUUGAUGACAGUGGUGAUGAUGUCCCUGAGGCUGACCGCCCACCCCCUCCAGCUCCUCUACCCCCCAGCAGUAAUGAUCAGAAUCAGGACAUGACAGUGGUUAGUCUCCCUGAGGGGCAUCUACCCAGCCCGGACCCCCCAGCACCCUCCAUCACACCCCACAGAGCUCCAUCAUCAGAAGAAGAACCAGUUGCUGCAAGCGCAUCCUCCACAGCAGGUGGAGCAGCAGCAGGAGGAGAGUGGACAUCUGCUGCAGAGGGGGCUGAUCACAUGGAGACAGAUUUACCACCACCUCCACCCCCUCCUCUUGAUGAUGAGGCAGAGACAGACCCUAGAAGAACAGGCAGCGAAGGCCCGGACGCGUCCCUCGAUGACGCUCACCCUCCAGAGGGCGUCCCCGGGUCCUCCUCUAAGGGCAAAGUCAACCCCUACUCUGUUAUUGACAUCAACCCUUUCCAACUGCAGCAGCUUGAGCCGCAGCAGGGACCCUCCUCUCCAGUGGAGCCCAAGGAGUGGGAAGGGGAAGUCCAGGAUAUCCUCAGCACCCCCGCUGGCAUCACUUCAGGAUACUCAGUCCCAGUGCCCUGCGGCUAUGCUACGCCCUCAGGAGUCCCGCUCAUCACACCGGCUUACACCACACCCGUCAUCAUCAGACACCUCUCCAUGGACGAGGAUGUCACUGUGGUUGAGACUGGCAGCACCGCUGUUGACAGUGAGGAACAUCCACCUGUCAGAGAAGAGGAUGCUUUGGCUAAAUGGGCUUCUGAUCCUGCUAACACUGCAUGGAUGGAAAAUCCAGAUGAGGUGAUUUACGAUGACGUGCCCAGAGAGAACUCUGACUCCAACACAGAUCCAGAUGAGAUGAUCUAUGAUGACGUGGAGUUUGGGGACGAGGGAGGGUGCGGCAGCUCCCUGGACAACGGCUGGAGCUCCAGUGAGUUUGAAAGCUACGACGAGGCCAGCGACGGGGAAGGUCGCACUGAGAACGGCUUGCCCCACGCCUUCAUGAGAGGAAAGCCCCCCCAGAAGAAAACACAUCUCUCUGAAGAUCUGACUCGUUUGAAAGAUCACUAUGAGAAAAAGAUGAAAGAUCUAAUGGCAAAUACAGUGGGAACGGUAGAGCUGCAGCAGUUAAAACAGAAACACGAGCAGAAGAUGCAAAAGCUGGUGAAGGCAGCUAAAGAAGGGACCAAAGAUGGACUGGAGAAAACCAAAGCUGCAGUGAAGAAGGGACGCUCUUUCAUCAAAACCAAGUCAUUCUGUCAUGAGAGGAAGUCGACCUGUUUUGAGGAGGAAGAGUCUGAACUCUUCAUCGAGGUGGACUGCUUCAAUGUUGAGCCAGUGCUGAGUCCAGCCCCCGAGGGUCUGUCACAGCAACAGCUGGUGAGAAGAUGUAUACUGGAAUCUAUAUUGGAGAGUGAGAAGAACUAUCUUGAAGCACUGAAAAGGAUACUAGAGCAAUACGAGAAGCCCCUGUCAGAACUUGAGCCGAGGCUGCUGAGCGACAGGAAACUGAAGAUGACCUUUUAUCGUGUGCGUGAGAUCCUGCAGUCCCACUUCCUGUUCCAAAUUGCCCUGGCGAGCCGAGUGGCGGAGUGGGACAGCCUGGAAAUGAUUGGGGAUGUCUUUGUUGCAUCGUUCUCAAAGUCCAUGGUGCUGGAUGCCUACUGUGAGUUUGUGAACAACUUCAGCACUGCAAUGGCAGUGGUUAGGAAGACGUGUGCCGCCAAACCUGGCUUCCUGGAAUUCCUCAAGCAUCGCCAGGAGACCAGCAGUGACCGGAUGACUUUGUACGGCCUGAUGAUGAAACCCAUCCAGAGAUUCCCACAGUUCAUUCUGCUCCUUCAGGACAUGUUGAAGAACACCCCAGUGGGCCACGCUGACCGGCUGCCCCUGCAGAUGGCCCUGACUGAACUGGAGACGCUGGCAGAGAAACUCAACGAGAAGAAGAGGGAGGCCGACCAGCGCUGCGAGAUCCGUCACAUCGCAAAGGCCAUGAACGAGCGCUACCUCAACAAGCUUCUGAGUAACGGCAGCCGCUACCUGAUCCGCUCAGACGACAUGGUGGAGACGGUCUACAAUGAGCGUGGUGAAAUCAUCAAAACGAAGGAGCGACGCCUCUUCCUGCUCAAUGAUGUCCUCAUGUGUGCCACGCCCAAUAUCCGAUGCCAGGAUGGCAGCGGGAGCAGCAGUGGCAAUGCCCCCCCCGACCAGAAGUUCCUCCUCAAGUGGAGCGUGCCUUUGAGCUUCGUGGACGUGCUAGAGUUUGGAUCCAGCGAGGACAUGGCCGAUAAUACCCGCUACACAACACCUCAUUCUGGGGAGAAGGUGGUCAUCAACGCCAAGCCAAAUAAGCUGUACAUGGGCCCCGGUCAGCUGUACCAAGAUCUGCAGAACCUGAUCCAUGACCUCAGUCUGGUGAACCAGAUCUCCACCAUGAUCAGCAGCCUCAAAGGAAACUACCAGAAUGUAAACCCCACAGUGGCCCAUGAUUGGGUGUCAGGUCUCCAGAGGCUGAUACUGAAGAAGGAGGAGGAGAUCAGAGCAGCUGACCGUUGUAGGAUCCAACUCCAGCUGCCCGGAAAACAUGACAAGUUCGUUUUCUACACACACCUGCCCUGUGUGCCCAUAGCUUUAUGA